AUGUUCAAAAGAAUAGUAUCAAGUGCUUAUGUUUGCAAGAUAAUUUCAUUUGUGAAUUCUAAAUAAGUAUAAUUUUUUGGAAAAAAAUUUAGUUUUAAAAAGAACUUCAAGAUCAAUAAUGAAACUGAUCAAAUAAGUAUGCAGAAGUGUGCAAGAAGAGAGUAUCAGCAUUUCCCCCCGAAUAAAAUUAAAAAUUUGAGACUUGAUAAUCAUGAAUCCAAUAUCACCCUUUUUCAUAUUCUUUGGUGUUUAACAUGCAUAUUCGGAGUGCGCCUAUCAAUAUCCUUCAUCCCAAAGCGAUCUGAGUAGUUUAUUGAGACAAUAUAGUGUAUUUACUCUUUUCAUACAAAUUGUACCACUUUAAAGUAAUGCACUGGUAGAUAAUUUUUUGGAUUUUAGUAUAUUUUUUAAUCAAAUAAUUUCUUCUAAAAAAAUGACUAAUAUGAAUUUUUCUUAAUUCUAAUCUUGGUUCUAACUUGUAGAAUGGUGAAGCAAAUUUCUUAAUGCAUUUGA